AGGGGCUCCUGAGUUCAAGUCCCGCAUCGGGUGAACUGGAGCCUGGCUUCCGGUAAAAACCCGAGCCCUGCGUGUCUCUCUCUCUCUCUCUCUCUGUCUCUCUCUCUCUCUCUCUCUCUCUCUUCCCCCUCGCUCAUGUGUACCCUCUCUCUCUCUAAAAACAAACAAGCGUAUAAGGAAUCAGUUAUAAAAUCGGCACGUCUUGAGUCUGGCCCCCAGGAGGCAGCAUCUGCAAUCAUAGACCCUCUUCUGAAGGUGAUUGAGAAAAAUAGUCUGAUUGGCUACCUGAAAUUGCAGUCACUUCUUUCCCCUUUCUUUCCAAAAGGCAGUGUAGUGGUACACUACAUUUCUUUGGGUCUGGGAGACUCUUGUAACAAGGGAAACACAUUUAGGAGCAACCAGAUUCAGUCAUUCUUUCUGAAGAGGAAGAAGAGGGAGAUGUUACUUACAGUACCAGUGUUGAUCUUGUGGAUGCAAAUAUCACAAGUGAACGGACAAGAGAUAAAGCAAAGUCCUCAAUUCCUGCUUCUACAAGAAGGAGAGAACUUCACCAUUUCCUGCAAUUCCUCAAGGACUUUAAACAGCUUACAGUGGUAUAAGCAGAGGCCUGGGGGCAGUCCCGUCCUCUUGGUCACCUUAGUUAAGAGUGGAGAUGUGAAGCAGAAAAGACUGACAGCUUGGUUUGGAGACACUAGAAAGAACAGUUUGCUGCACAUGGUGGCCACCCAGACUGCAGAUUCAGGAGUCUAUUUCUGCACAGGGGCACAGUGUUCUCAAAGCACCUGCGACCUGUCCCCAAACCUUGCUGUGGAGCUCCAGGAGCAACUCUUCCUUAUCUCUCUUUAGGGCAGGAGUCAGAGAAAGCUGAAGGCACAAUGUCUGUGUAAAGUUAAAUGUUAAAUAAUUUUAAAAGAAUCUCCAGACUCAGAUGGCUGAAUUGUGAGAAUUCUAUUAAACAUUUGAAGAAUUGGCAUGAAUUUUAAACAAGUUCUUCCAGAAAAUAGAGAGUAAUUGCUAACUCCUUUUAUGAACCUAGUAUUACGCCAGUACCAAAAUCAGACAAAGGACAUACAGAAAACUGCAGAGAAAUUUCCCUCAUGAAUGACUAUAGGCACAAAAUUUAACAGAAUAUUGGCGAGUAGAUUCAUCAAUAUAUAAAAAGAAUAAUACCAAACGCCAAUGGAUUCUUCCCAGGGAUGCAAGACUGCUCUGCUUCAAUGUUUGGAACUUAACUGAUGCAAUCUACCUUCCUAACAGGCUAAAGAAGAAAAUCACAUGAUCGUGUUAAUCUAUGCAGAAAAUAAGUUUGCCAAAAUUCAACAUUCACGCUUGCUAAAAAUUGUGACAAACAUAGGAGUAGUGAAAUCAAAUCAUUAUUGAUGGUGGGGCUUUCAAAGUCUUCAGCAUUGCUCUGUUGAAUGUCCCUUUGUUCUUAAAAGUCCUUUUCCCUUCUCUUUCUGGACACCAGUCAUUUCUGACUUGUCACUUACUUCUCCAGGCUACUCUUUGAGGUUUCUUUGGUACGAUUUCCACUGCCCUCUCUUUGGUGGUGGGUUCCUUGGGAAUUUCCCUUAGUUUCUAUUCUUUUCUCUGAGUAUUGCUUUUCUCAGAGUAUUGCUCUGAGUGUCUUGGUGAAAUUAUAUCUACUAUUUAAAGGGAGUACUAUAUCAUAAAUAAUAUAGUG